AUAUGCGGGAGGGAGAAUGGAAUCCAAAUAACUAAACGGCGUUUGAAGUCAUGGACGGUUCAUCAGCUCGGUGGAUACGAGACGACAUGGGCUGGCAUAUUCGCCUGCCAACAACCCGAACGUGGAUACGUCAGAGGGAGAGUGUGGGGGCGGGGGAUGAUUUAAAUGCAUACCUAUUCCGGUUCGGUUUUUCAACUUCCCUUCCCUUCUAUACUAUCUCUAAAGAUUUAGAAACACUCAAUUGAGACCUCCAGCUUCCAAUUGCCCAUUUCUCUCUUCCAAACCACCGAGCCUACCCCGCCACUGCUCCUCUCACCAUGCCUUACCCCGACACCGCAGAGGGCUUCCAAGUCCACGACACCAAGAACUGGAGCACCUUCAAGAAAGGCGAAUUCAAACUCAAGCCCUUCGAAGCCCACGACGUCGACAUCGCCAUCGACGCCUGCGGCGUGUGCGGCUCCGACGUGCACACCAUCACCGGCGGCUGGGGCGACGUGAUUCUCCCCCUCGUCGUCGGCCACGAGGUGGUCGGCCGCGUCCUGCGCACCGGCCCCUCCGUCACGCACUGCGCCGUGGGCGACCGCGUCGGCGUGGGCGCGCAGGUGGGCGCGGACCUGACCUGCGACCUGUGCAAGGCGGACGCGGAGAACUACUGCCCGAACCAGAUCGACACGUACGGGGCGGAGUAUCCGGACGGGACGAUCAGUCAAGGGGGGUAUGCGAGCCAUAUCCGGGCGCAUGAGUAUUUCGUGUUUAAGAUCCCGGAGGCGCUGGAGACGAGCUUGGCGGCGCCGAUGUUGUGUGCGGGGAUUACGGUGUUUAGUCCGUUGAAGCGGCUGGGGGCGGGGCCAGGAAAGCGGAUUGGUGUGGUGGGGAUCGGCGGUCUGGGCCACUUCGCCGUCCUCUUCGCCAAAGCCCUCGGCGCUGAAGUCUACGCGCUCUCGCACUCCCCCUCGAAAAAGGACGACGCCCUCAAGCUCGGCGCGACCGGCUUCAUCACCACCAACACCGACGACUGGGCCGAUCCAUGGAAAUACAAAUUCGACAUGCUCCUCAACACAGCCAACGCGACCGAUAAGUUCAACCUGCCCGCCUACUUCUCCACCCUCAAGCCGCACGGCGUGUUCCACAACGUCGGGAUGCCCGAGGAGCCGCUGCACGAGCUGCGGUUCCAGGAUUUCGUGACGACCGGCUGCUAUAUGGGGACGAGCCACAUCGGGAACCGGCCGGAGAUGCUGGAGAUGUUGGACCUGGCGGCGAAGGCGGGGGUGAAGAGUUGGGUGGAGACGAUCGAUGUAGGGGAGGCGGGGUGUAAGGAGGCGGUGGAGCGGGUGAAGAAUAACAAGGUGCGGUAUCGGUUUACGUUGGUGAAUUAUGAUAAGGCAUUUGGGAAGCGGGAGUAGAGAGGGUUGGUUACGCGACGCAGGAUCGGGGACGUAAAAGCUUUGUGAUAGG